AAGCUGUUCUCUGUAGACGAGAACCCAACAACUCGUACGACCGAAAUGCUAUUCGGGUGGACAAUGUUGUUGGCGAUCAAAUCGGUCAUCUGCCGCGCAAAGUUGUAGAAAAAAUCGCCCCAUAUGUGGAUCGCGGCGAUAUCGUCCUUGAAGCUCAGCUCACAGGAGAAAAGGCCUACUAUGACUGUCCGGUUAAGCUCUUCUUCUAUGGGUCUAGCGACCCGCAGGAACGUUCCAGGAUCGAGGAGUCACUCAAGAAAGAUAAGCUAGUCAAGGCCACGGAACUCAAGAGCACUAGAAAGGAAGCUGAGGCCCGUAGGAAGGCUGCAUUGGGCUUGAUGAAUGGCAGCUCGACCCAUGGAGUCGGCUCAGAACUUGCUGUUCCCCAGAAACCAGAAAUCACUAUGGACAAUGUGCUUCAGAAGAGUGAGGCCGUUGAGAUGCGCAAGGGCGGCGACGCUAUCAAGUCACUUGCGAUUGGCGAGGACGAGUUGGAGAAGAUGCCAAUGGCUGAGCAGCCCGAAGAUUUGAAGGCACAGCUCUUGCCAUACCAGCUACAGGGACUGGCUUGGAUGACCUCCAGGGAGAAGCCCCAGCUCCCAGCUGAGGGCUCUCAAGACUCGGUGCAGCUCUGGCUGCAUCAAUCCAAGAAGAAGUUCUUCAACGUUGCGUCUGGCUUUGUAACAAGCAUAGCACCAAAGCUGCUCUCAGGGGGUAUUCUUGCCGACGACAUGGGUUUGGGCAAAACCCUCCAGAUCAUCAGCUUGAUCCUAACUGGCGGCAAGGGCCCGACCCUCAUUGUUGCACCUGUUAGUGUCAUGAGCAAUUGGAGCCAACAGAUCAAGCGGCAUGUCCGCGGAGACAAGCAGCCCAGCAUAAUUACGUACCAUGGCAGCGAAAAGGCAACCGCAAAACAGCUUCAGGGUUACGACGUUGUGAUUACCAGCUAUGGAAGGCUUGCCCGAGAGCGUGACCAAGGCGUGAAGAGAGCCUUGACUUCGGAAGACAUCAAGUGGCGUCGAGUGGUUCUCGAUGAGGGUCACACUAUUCGAAACUCCAGUACAAAGGUGGCUCAAGCUGCUUGUGAGAUCAAUGCAGAGUCCCGCUGGGUUUUAACGGGCACCCCAAUUGUCAAUUCGGUCAAAGAUUUGCACUCUCUUGUCAAGUUCCUUCACAUCACUGGAGGUAUCGAACAAUCUGAGAUUUUUAACGCUCAAAUCACCCGUAGACUCGCUGUCGGGGAUAAGACUGGCGAAAAACUUCUUCAGGCCCUCAUGCAUGACCUCUGUCUCCGUCGCAAAAAGGAUAUGAAGUUUGUGGACCUCAAGUUACCAGCCAAAAAGGAGUAUGUUCACAGAAUUUCGUUCCGAAAGGAUGAGAAACGCAAGUACGAUGCGUUAUUGGACGAAGCCAGAGGUGAGCUCGAACAGUGGCAGGCAGGCUCUCAAGUGGGUCAAAAGGGACGCUUCCAAAAUGUGCUGGAGCGCCUGCUUCGCCUUCGACAAAUCUGUAAUCAUUGGACCCUUUGUAAAGAGCGUGUCAGCGAUAUUCUCAAACUACUUGAUGAACACGAAGUGGUUCCGCUCAACGACAAGAACCGUGGCCUCCUCCAAGAAGCCCUGCGCCUGUACAUCGAAAGCCAGGAGGAAUGCGCUAUCUGCUACGAUAACCCAAAUGACCCUGUCAUUACCACCUGCAAGCAUGUGUUCUGCCGGGGUUGCAUCAUUCGUGCUAUUCAAAUCCAGCACAAAUGUCCGAUGUGUCGUAACAAGCUUGAUGAGACCAGCCUUCUUGAGCCAGCGCCCGAAGACGCUGGUGAUGAAGAGGAUUUUGAUGCUGAGUCGCAGAGCUCCAAGACGGAAGCGAUGAUGCAGAUCCUCAAGGCUACCAUGCGUAAGGAGGGCUCCAAGGUCGUUGUCUUCUCUCAGUGGACAUCUUUCCUCAAUAUUGUUGAGGCGCAGCUCAAAGCUGAUGGAAUGGGAUACACACGUAUCGACGGUAGCAUGAAGGCGGAUAAGCGCGACAAGGCUAUAGAAGCUCUCGACAGUGAUCCUAAGACACGAAUCAUGCUCGCCAGUCUCGCGGUUUGCAGCGUUGGUCUCAACCUCGUAGCCGCCGACACCGUCAUUCUUUCCGACAGCUGGUGGGCGCCCGCCAUCGAAGAUCAAGCCAUCGACCGCGUUCACCGUCUCGGACAGACCCGUGAGACGACUAUCUUUCGCCUCGUCAUGGAGGGUUCAGUGGAGGAGCGGGUACUUGAUGUGCAGAGCGAGAAGCGAGAGUUGGUGACAAAGGCGUUCCAAGAAAAGAAUUCAAGGAACAAAAAGCGCCAGAACACUCGCGCAGCAGAUAUUUCCAAGCUGUUGGGCUAG